CCUCGGAGCAGCACCAAGCUUAGGGCAACGUCAUCGAGGCUACUGUAACAGAACAUAUGUAGUUCGUGUAACGGAACUAUCUACUUACCAAAGAGACACUAAAUAUUUGUUUCACGCACGGCUCAUAACAAUGCGUUUUUUAAACACUUCAACUAUUUUAUUAUUCAAGCUUUGCCGGCUGGCUCUUUUGUGAGUCUAACAUGAUGCAUUGCCUUGCCAUACAUCCGAGGAGAACUAGACAAUGCUUCCGCGACCCAACUUGAGCUUCACGCUCCCUAGCAUCCACGAUAAUAACAAACUCGACUGUCGCAUCUACCAUCCGGUACGCUCUAAUCAGCCACUUACACCCUCCGAUCCAUCAUGGCCUCGACAUGCUGCCGUGGUCGCCCACCCAUACGCACCACUCGGAGGAUCCUACGACGACCCUAUUGUGCUUCUUGUGACUAACACACUACUCCAUCUCGGUUUCGUGGUCGCGACAUUCAAUUUCAGGGGCGCCUCGUCCUCCAACGGUCGCACGUCGUGGACAUCAAAGCCUGAGCGAGCCGAUUACAUGUCCGUUGUCGGAUUUCUCGUUUAUUACCUGCACUAUUUAGGCGCCCCUCGGAACGAACUGCGCCCUAUCGAAGCAGAUGAAAACUCGACUCCAACUUUGUUACUUGCUGGAUAUUCAUACGGCGCCAUGGUGACGCUCCAACUCCCACCUCUCGAUUCCUACCUGUCUCACUUCGCCUCACCUGCCACACACACCGCCUUCGCAGACAUUCGAUUGCGAGCACAACACCUUGCAGAAGAGCAGGUGAUCAUGUUCACUACACCCGCCUCGCCGAGAAAGUCGCUGGGCAUGCGUGUCGGUGGUAAUGAGGAUAUAUCACCAAAGGCCCGUGAUAAACAAAGAGCACAUUCCCCAGACCCAGAGGAGAAGAUACGGAGAGGGGUCAGGGACAUAUUAUCUCGGAGUAAGUUUAUACAUAGGAGACGUAACAUCCCACCUGUCGAUCAAGGUACGGGAGGCGAUAUCGAAGUUCCAUGCUUGGAACACGUCAACAACUUGAUCAGGUUUCGUACUGCAUAUCUGUUAGUGUCACCUCCGCUAGGCUUCGUUACGAAUUUGGCAACUAUGUCCUUUACUAUGUCCUUUUCAAAUCUCUGGGCGAAGAAGAAGAAAGGUGGGCCUGCCAAAAACCACGAAGUCGACAGGAAACGGGAAGAGGGUGAGGUUGAGGCCGAGGCGAAGCUCACCGCAAACCCCACUCUUGCUAUAUAUGGAGACCAAGAUAGUUUUCUAUCUAUGAAGAAAAUGCGCGAUUGGGCUACGCAGCUAAGCGGUGCUGAAGGAUCUCAGUUCCGCUACGUAGAGGUUUCAACCGCCGGACAUUUCUGGAUAGAACACGGCGUUGCACAUGAGCUUAGAGAGGCUGUUUACACCUUUUCAGCCAGACUCGUAAAGGGUUGAUGGAUGUCAGAUGUCUAGAAGAAGAGAUGGAUCUAUUACUUCCGAGGUCUAGACGUAGCGCCUUUAAUUUACCAGGGCUAUAAUUUCGGUUACUUUAGAUAUUAGACACGAUUAUAUUCUUGGUCGUACAGGCAUUCUUCGAAGUCAAAUUCUCGAUUCAUCAAUUCUUGUAGGACUUGUAAUACUUGUGGCUUAUAAAGAACAAAGUCUAGAUCGAGUCUUGCGGUCUUCUAAUUGCUUACAUUUACAUAAAAAGUGUUUGGUUUAUGUGCAAUGUACAAC